GGGGGCGGGGAACUGCGCGCCCGGGGCCGCGGGCGGUCGCCCAGCUACUGUAGCGGAGCCCGCCCGAAGGCCCCCGAGCCCCGGGAACGGAGCUUCCCGCGCAGGGCGCGCGCGCGGAGGAGGGCGCGCGAAGCCUGGACCCGGGCGGCGGCGGGAGGAGCUCGCGGAGGGGGCCGGCCCCGAGCUCCGCCGCCGAGCCGCGGCCCGGGAGGCCGCGGGGCCCUCGCCGUAACUUCUCUUUGGAAGCCCCGGCAGGGCGGGCGCGCGCUCCCACUCGGGCACGCGCGUCCCGGAGCCCCCCUCCCCCCCGCGCGCGCUCCGUCUAUUUUUCCCUACCGCUUUCGCUCUCACACUCUAAAAUAGGUCAAGGGGUGGAAGUUACACCUGGUACGGCCCCCGGCUCUGAUGCAAAAGCAGCUUUUUCUCCCCGGCUCCGGGAGAGCGUUGCAACUAUUCGGUUCGGUAGAGUCUCCCGCCCCCCAUACCGUGCAGAAAGCGCCGGCGACCGUGGCGCUGACAAUGGUCGGCAGAGGGGAGCGGCGGCGAGCCUCUUUCCCACCCUAGUUCUGCCCGCCCUGCGCCCGCCCUCCCCCAGCACGCGGGGAGUCGGGGGCGCGACAGGUCGCUUCGCGCGCUCGGGUCCCCUGUGUCCGGGGUCUGACCACCUAGGUGAGUUCGUGCUCUCUUCCUCUGUCGUUCCGGGCGCCGAGAGUGACCUGUUUACCUUGAAAACUUAGACGUGAUCAAAACAGGCGAGCCUCCCAUGCGGCAGGGGAUUGCGGGAUGUGCUUCAGAUGUUAACAUCGGAUAAGUCAGAACUCAGAGCUGCAGGGGACAUGUUUAGUGUCUUAAAGGGCUUGUGUUCACUUGAACGACUCAUGCAGAAUUGCUUCAUCGCGUGAAGGACCUCGCUGUUUGAUUUCCCUCCUACUACUUUUCCUUUACAUCACACACCGAGAAAGUCAUGAGCAAAAAUCGUCACUCUCUGAGGGUAGAAACUAUCAUGAUUCACAAAGACAAGAAGUAAGUUUCCUGUCAUCACAAGAUGACUCAGCUCCUUCUGCUGUGUACUCUGACUGGCAUUUCUUGGGGGUGGCCCCAUUCCCAGGAUGGAUCAUGAAGCUGCCCAGCUGGAAAAGCAGCAUGUACAUGAUGUGUAUGAGGGCACCGCACCUUACUUCAAUGACCUGCAGAGCAAAGCCUGGCCUCGCGUCCGUCAGUUCCUCCAGGAGCAGAAGCCGGGCAGCCUCAUCGCUGACAUAGGUUGUGGGACUGGAAAGUAUCUUAAAGUGAACAGCCAGGUGUACACCCUGGGCUGUGACUACUGCGGGCCAUUGGUAGAGAUUGCCCGGAGUAGAGGAUGUGAAGUCAUGGUAUGUGACAACCUUCAUCUCCCCUUUAGGGAUCAGGGCUUCGAUGCCAUCAUCUCCAUAGGAGUCAUCCAUCAUUUUUCUACAAAACAGAGAAGAAUCAGAGCAAUAAAAGAAAUGGCCAGGAUCUUAGUUCCUGGAGGCCAGCUGAUGAUUUAUGUUUGGGCCAUGGAACAAAAGAACCGGCACUUUGAGAAGCAAGAUGUGCUUGUCCCGUGGAACAGGGCCUUAUGCUCCCAGCUCUUCUCAGACUCCAGCCAGCCUGGGAGAAAACAGCAGUGUGGACAUCCGGAAAGAAGCCAUCCCUACCAUCCUCCUUGUUCUGUCUGUAGCUGCUCUGUUUGUUUUAAAGAGCAAGGUCAUUCCAAACGGUCCCACAGCAUGGACUAUGAACCAAUGAUGGCCAGAGCCUGUUGCACAAAUAUCUCUGAGGAAGGAGAGGAAGAAAAUGGAUUCUAUAACACAUUCGGAAAAUCUUUUCGUUCCUGGUUUUUCUCUAGGUCUUUGGAUGAAUCAACUCUGAGGAACCAAGUUGAGAGAGUGAGGCCCCUGAAGACUACAGAGGCUUGGGCCAAUAGCACCAUAUCGAUCCAGCCUUCCAGACACUCCAGUGUAGACUUAGAUCGCCAAGAGCCAUUGUCAACAAGACAGCAAACUUCAGAUGAAGAUGUGUUUGUGGAGACUUCACAAAAACAGUUGGAGUGGCUGAGAGCACCAGCCACAAAGAAACAUCUGCGUGGAGGCCAGCAAAGAGAAGUUAGGAGAAAUGGAGAUGGGAAUUUUCUGGAAAGCACCAACACCAAUGUGAAUCGUGUGAAUGCAGGUGAUGUAGAAGAAGGCAACCCUUCUAGUAAAAUACUGAGAAGGAUUUCUGCAGUCGACUCCACAGAUUCCAACCCAGAUGCCACAAUUUCUGUCGAAGAACAACAGCCCGACGUUUUGGAUUCCAGAGCCUUGAUGCGCUAUUACCAUGUGUUUCGAGAGGGCGAGCUCUACAGCCUGCUGAAGGAGAACGUGUCGGAGCUGCAUGUUCUGAGCUCCGGAAACGAUCAUGGCAACUGGUGUAUCAUUGCCGAGAAAAAGGACAACUGCGAUUGACCAGAUCAUGUUAGACAGUUCCUCCAAAAGAUGGACCAUGGUCUUUUCACAGGGUUUGGUAUGGUUACCUGAAUUUGCAUCCAACUUUAUUAUUUUUAAUGCAUUUUUACUUUGCUUUGUAGAGACGAUGACUUGAUCAUCUUUUAAAUAUUUGGAUGAACACAGAGCCUGGCAUGUAAAGCAUUUGACAAAGGGUAUUCAUAAAUUAUUAAUAUAAAAGAAGCAGCAGUAUAAAAUGAA